AAAGCCCACGAGCUGGGACCUCGGCCGGCCGAUUGUCCAAGUCGUGUGGGCAAAAGAGUUUUGCAGCGAGUAUCCACAAUAUUUUGCUACUGGGCAAGUAGCACAUGUUUGGACAGAUUCGGAAAAUCGUGCGGCUCUUUCUCCAAUGACCAUCUACAAUCUGGACUGGUUACUUCUGCCUGGAUCCGAGAUUCAACAUUAACCGGAGGAUUAGGGAGACAAACUCUAUGUUCUGUCCAUUACAUGAACAAAUUGACUACCGACAAAUUUCGCAUCAAAGAGGUGGAGGAGACGGAUUCUAUGCUGUAUUAUAAAACCCAGACGUUUUAUUGUAAAGUUGAGAUAGAAAUACCUACCUGUACAUCUGAUCGAGACUGGACCAUCGGACUUGUCCAGGCAUGCGAUUACAUGUACUUGGCCAACGAUUACGACGGGAUCGGCAAGUCACUGUGGGAAUUUCAUCCCCUCAAGAGUGGCAUUCGAAAACUGAUUAAUGAUAGUGACGGACGUCAGUAUCCAUUUUACAGCGUCAAUCAAAGUUUGUACAAUAUCAAAAAAGGUCCCGUUCGCAAAAUGAUCCUGAAUUUGCAGGUGAAAGAUUACUUCCACCCUUCGGUUGUGUGGGAGCUUCCGUAUUCUGGUGGUGUACGGCUGACAGAGAUCAAUCGCCAACAGAAAUUUCUCAUUUGGCUUGUGGCCAUCAAAUACGGAAAGAAGCUUGCUUGCAAAGAUGAGAUUACGGUAUUGAAAAAGGUGCGUUGGCAGUACGAUCUACACAUGAAGGUGGAUCCGUUUAUGCCUCUAGGCAGUCGUGUGCGUAAAAUCUUCGAUGUUCAAGACAGUGGAAUAUUGAUGAUGGAACCGGACAAAACAUACAAACUUCCGGUGGCUGCCACGUUUCCACCGCACUGCAACGCUGCCCAAUCAUUGAUAUGGUAUCCGAAAGAUCCGCACAAACAAGCACGUAUUUUGGUUCCUCCGAAGCAGAUUAUCGUCCCGUGGGAGGAGUGGGUGCGCGAUAUGCUUGGGCCAAAUGCCCGAGUGCGCAAACCCAACGAAGUGUCGGAAAUCGGCGACACAUUGGUGUGUGUCUAGUUGAGGUGAUCUAUACUCGAGUCUGCUUUGCGUGAGGACGAAUAUACUCUUCUAAACAUGGUUUGUUGCAGCAACGACCUCAUUGGUAACUUGGGCUGAUUUCACUUUUACCAGGAUAGACUGAAUACUUCUAUGAGCAGCGGAUCGCAACAAAGAAACCUAUCGUUCAGCCACUGCGUCUGAAGGAGACGGCCAGUUCCUCCUUCGGCACUGGCUGACACUUCGUCAUGGAGAGCAUUGGAUGACCAGGGUCACAACAGACUACACCAAGUUGUCUUCGGUGGUGUAAUGGAAUUAGUUAAUCUGACCGUAACAACAAUGUCAGCGAACGAUCUGUCUUUGGUUGUAAGUUCGCAACGAAGCAAACGACAGUGGAGGCCUAUCGAUGUGUUCAAGUGCUGGACAUUUGAUAAAUAUAGACACCUAUCUUUCUAGUGACGGC